UUUCCCAGGACGGCGUACCAUCUAUUGCGACAUCGUAUGAUGUCAUCAUCAUUCACAGUAAUCGAAUGUCUUCUGGGUCACAUCGGACAGUGCAGACCAACUAGUGCAACGAGUCCCUCAAGUCCACCCGCUGUCGAACGAUGAUGUCAACAGGAAAGUGUCACGGAACGGUGUUGCUGGUGCUGUUGGUGGCGGUCAUCACCGCCGUCGUCUGCGAUGGUGCACCGGCCAACAACAACAACGAUCGAAGAGCGCCGGCCAACGAGAGGACAACCGCCGAAAAGAGCGAAAAUGAAACGUCAACUAUAAUCGCGGAAGCGGCCAACGGGGACGACGAGCACAUACCAGAAAACCGUGACGGCAACGCGGACAUCAAGAAUAGGGACUCCAGACAGGCUGGUAGCGACCGCGAACAUAGGUGCGCGUCGGCCAUUGAUCGCGCUUUGGGACGGUCGUCGGCCAGAUCGUGUGGGCCGACCGCUACCAUGUCGCGUUUAGCGUCGUCCGGCAACGACGACGUGGCCGUGCAAGACAAACAGGUCGUGUACCGAGAACGGCCUGUCGUGUACCGGGAACAACCAGUGGUAGUCCGUGAGAAACCAGUGGUGUUUCGUGAGCGACAGACUGUCCUGUACGAUAAACCCGAGACCCCCGUCAUGUUCAUUCAACAACGAAAACUGUCCGGCGGUUUUGUCGUGCUCAAGCAACCACAUUACGUAUAUGACGACGAUUUGGACGAAGGCAGGAUAGUACACCGCAGGAGACAGCCUGUUCGUAUGAACGUGCCAUGUGCAGAACAAUCGAUUGUCACCCGAGAACAGAGUGAUGCGGAACUGCUGCAGAUGAACGACGUGCGAGAAGUGUUACAAAGGGUGUUCUUCGAAGGCGUCAAAGCUGGCGAAGCAGCGGCUGAAGUCCGCGGGAGGCCGCCUGUCGUGUUGGACGUCAAAGCGUAAAAGACUGUUUAUUUCAAAUCGAAAAGAAGCGACAACUGCCACUGGUGGUAAAUCUACAAUUAUGGUGAUUUAUAAUAAAAUAAUAUUAUUGAAAACUAUUAAACUAACUUGUAAACUCGUGUACCUGCAAGAUUAAUACACAAUGCUUUAAUAUUAUCGAAUGUGUGUGUAUGAUAUUGAUUAUUUAUUAUGUUUCUGUAAUAGCCAGUAAUUUUUAUAUGUAUGAAACUAUGCGCAACAUUUGUUUUUUUCUUAUUACGCGAUUUGUUUAUUACUAACAAAUGAUAACAUUAAAAUAUGUUCGUACUUCCACAGGGUGUCCCACAAAGAAAUGGCAAAUGAAAUAACUUUUGUGUUAGUGAAUAUUUACAAGAUUGCUCAAAACUGUUUUACUUUUUUUUAAAUAAUUUUUUAUUAUUUUGGUUGCUUUAAUUAUUUUUUUUAAAUCUUGAAUAUUAUAUUCAGUUGAACAAAAGUUAUUUUAUUUGACAAGUCAUCGUGGGAC